UGUGAAUAAAAAAUUCAUAAAUAAUUCGACUAGAAAUGCAGGGAGUUAAAAUGUUUCUUUUAUGUUUUAUGGCCAUGAGUAUGAUUAAUUUUUCAGGAAGCCUAGCGCCUGAUGAUGUUUGUGCCGAUGUGCAGAAAAUCGAAGAUGCUUUCAAGAGGUCAGACUGCGAGCCCAUCAGAUACAUCAGAACGAUUACAAACGACUCAUGCACAACUGUAAACGAGUUGCUGCAUUGCGUUGCUGAAUCCAUUUAUGGCUACAGAGAGCGAGAACAUAGAGAGGCUUGUGUUCUGCACAUGCGCACUGCCAUCCAGGACAGACACAUAGACUCGAUGUUUCCAGCAUGGCCAUUUAAGUGGAAAUUUUGUAGCAAGGUCUGGUGUGAAAUCGGUCACGAAUACACAAAAGAUCAAUUCAGUUGUAUUUUCUGGUGCCUUGGGGGUCCUGCAGCUGUAGGAUUUACAGGCGUUCUAGCUCUUAUAGCCCUUGUUACAUUUGGUCUGCCAGCUUUGGGUUUUGGAGCUGCGGGAAUAAUGGCCAAUUUCAAUGCCGCCCCCUUCAUGGGCUUGUUGAGCGGUGCCGUGCCUGCAGCAGGCAUCAUCGCCACCAUGCAGUCGGUUGCAGUCUUAGGAAUCAGCUACAACGCAAUUUUGGCCACGUUGUUUUCUGUAGCUGCUAUCGCAAGGGCUGCGAUGAAUUGUAAUUGCUGCUAAAAGUAAUGAAUAUAUAUGAACAACAACGGCAGUUUACUGGCGUAAUAUCUGUAGCAAAUAUUGUAUUCAGAAAUACGUAUUUAUUUCAUAACAUGUAAAUUGAAUAUUCGCUUAACAAUAAGUGAUCAACAUAAGAGCAAACUUGAAAUAACUUUCUGUUUCGUGUAGAAAGAAAAGGCUUUAAUAUUGUGACCUAUAACUGCCAUAAGAUAAGUUUAUCAUAAAAAUUACAUCAGAUAAGAUUUUUGGUUAUUAACCAAUAAACGUUUACGAAUUGUUUCGUGUUAACCACUUAAUUUUCGCGAUAAUUAUUUUGCUAUCUAGCUUGUAUUCGCAAUAUAUUUUUAUUAAGAUAAAUAUCAUAAGACUAAAAGCAAUUUUGAAAAAUUGCCCAGAACUGCCACUUGUUAACCUAUUUAGCUUAACAAAACUAAAAGUUUAGCUUGUUAUGGCUUAAGAAGUAACAAAAUAACUGGUUUACUAGAUACGAUUUGUGUUAAUACUUACCUAUAAAUGCUUUUGGCUUCUGGACAAGUACACAGAAGCAGAUUUUGAUAAUAAAAAUGCACGGAACAUGGUACAAUAUAGCAAUGAUAGAAAGUAUAACAUUAAAUGAGAUCCUUAUUAUUGGUUAAAUGCAAUGUAUGAUUCUGCUAGGAAUAGUUUACUGUGAAAACUUUGAAAUAUUUUUUUUAAUAACAUCAGAAUUUUACUGAAGUUGAAAUGCAGUCUUAUUUUAAUUUCAACUUUAGGCAAAACAAACAUGCAUUAAUUUCCAAUUCGAAAGUAAAAAUACGAUGUCUUCUUAGAUCAAGUGUCAAAACACAAUAUAUUUUUGCUUUUUCUUCAUUUCUCCAUUAAGAAUCAGCUGUUGUAAACAAGUUUAAUGAAGCAUAAUUCAAUCUUGACUUAGAGAUUAUUAAUAUAAAUAUUUUGACCAACUUUCAUGAAGAUACAGUUAUAAAUGUGACCUCUAGAGUGUUACAAGCAUUUCCUUAAUUUGACCUGGUGACCUAGUUUUUGACCACACAUGACCCCUUGGCCUAGAGCUAAUCAAUAUAAACAUUCUGACUAAGUUUCAUAAACAUACAGUCAUGAAUGUGACCUCUAGAGUGCUAUCAAGCUUUACCUAUUAUUUGCCCUUAUGACCUAGUUCCGCACAUGACCCAACUUUAAUUUAGAGAUUAUUAAUAUAAACAUUCAGACUAACUUUCAUGACGAAACAUUUAUUAAUGUGACAUCUGGAUUGUUAACAAGCUUUUCCUUCAAUUUGACCUGGUGACCUAGUUUUUGAUCGCACAUAACCAAGAUUUGAACUUUUCCUAAAACUAAUCAAUAUAUACAUUCUGACUAAGUUCCAUGAACAUACAGUCAUAAAUGUGACCUGUAGAGUGCUAAAAAGCUUUUCCUAUGCUUUGAACUGGUGACCUAGUUUUAAACCCCAAAUGACCCAAUAUCGAACUCGUCCAAGAUUUUAUUGAGGGUAACAUUCUAACCAAGUUUCAUUAAAAUUGUGCCCAAAUUGUGACCUCUAGAGUGUUAACAGUCAAAUUGUUGACGACGGACAACGGACGCAAGGCGAUCACAGUAGCUCACCUUGAGCACUUCGUGCUCAGGUGAGCUAACAACACUCUUAUCCCAACUAUCCCGA